AUGCUGCAGUUGGGCUCUGCGAAGAAGCACAACAGGAUGCCCUCGGUUUUUGCAGCUGCCGCAGAUGGAGGUAUUUUUGGAUUUAUCAUUUUGCUUUUGAUGUGCAUCAGGGACAGGGAUUUGAAGUGGGCCACUGGCCGAGAAACAGGCGGAUGGAUGAAAGAUAGCAGCCGUAACAAACACCAGGAACCGUGUGACGUAUUCCGGAAGCUCGUCACAAUCCACGGCUGUCAGGGAGUUGAGUGA